AUGCCAUACUUCGAGACUAGCGCCGAGUGGUAUGAGCAGUCGUCGCUCCUGCUCAAAGCGCGACCGACAUCCACACGAAUCACGUCCAAAUACUCGGUCCUCAAACCCACAGCCUCCAAGAUAAAGAAGCGCCAAAAGUACGAAGAGAAGAGGGCCUCGAGGCCUGCAGAGCCGACGCGUGCAUCGUCACCACCACCGCAAGCGCAGAAUCCCGAAGAAGUCACCGUCUUCUUCACGCUGAAGACGUACGAUCCGGAGUCGGGAACAUGCCUACAAUAUGAGACGAACAAAGGUGCUGAGGUCGGAAGGUUAAUUGGGAACUUAGGGAGGUUAGGAAGGCAUAUGGCAGCGCUGCCGGAGACAACAGACGAUCUGAGCAUGCCCGCUGGCGGCGAGGGCACAUCUACACCACAGGUGGAUGAAGGUGGAGACGUGAAGAUGGGCGGCGUAUCGACAGCUGGUGCGGGCACAGGAGGCAAAAAGAAGAAGAAGGGCAAGAAAUGA